GGGAUUUCUGUGUUUCCAUUCACAUCUCUAUUGGCGUCCCUGUUCUCCAGCGCUCAGUGUGGCUCAGUGAAGGUUGAUGAUUGGCUGAUGGGAGAUGAGAGUCUGGAGGCUCGCGCUUCAUACCCGUGUCCGUGUGUUUACACUCAGUUCUCGAGAUCCAGACGAGCGGCAGCGUCAGGACUAUGGCGCUCCACAGAUAGCAGCGGACAUCUCACAACGAUGGCAUUAUGCUUAACGCUUACGGACAACUUUUUCUUCUCGCCGCUACAGGAAUAAAAGCUGCCAAGUACUUUUGUUUUCGCUUUAUCCACUGUUUUCAGAGAGAAACGCGUUCUUUGUUUCAGUGGAGUUGUAAGUGAGAUGAACUUUACGCUGGUUGAUGCGUUUCACUACGGACGGGGUCUGCGAUGUGCCUGAGCGAACAUUUGGUGAAACUGUAGCUUUUACACAUUUUGGGGAAAGUUCUGGACCAGGUUUCUAUUAAAAACCACCACGGUGCAGCCUGUUUUUAUAAGUUUGUAAAGUUCGAGGAGGAACCCGUCUCCAUAUUUCACACUAUUUGAAGUAUCCUUCACGGAGGAUUCAGCGAGGCUUCAGCCGACUGGAGCGAGAGCACCUGGGGGGCGUUUGGCAGUAGCGUGACCGGGUGAAGAUGCUCUCAACGUGGAUACACCGCGACCAGUCUCCCGCCUCCCUGCUCGGUUUACUUCUACUCAGCUCAACCUUAGUAAUACAUGCAGAUGGCAGCGAUUACAGUGAAGUUCUCCCGGACUCGUUUCCAUCAGCUCCUGCCGAACCGCUGCCAGAAUUCCAGAGUGAGCCCGAGGAUGCAUUCAUAGUAAAAAACAGACCCGUCAAACUGUCCUGCAAGGCCGCCCCUGCCACACAGAUAUACUUUAAAUGCAAUGGAGAAUGGGUGAACCAGAAUGACCAUGUGACCAAGGAAAGUCUGGACCAUAUCACAGGUCUGGUAGUGAGAGAAGUAGAUAUCUCUGUCUCCCGGACGCAGGUAGAGGAGUUGUUUGGGCUGGAGGAUUAUUGGUGCCAGUGUGUUGCCUGGAGCUCGGCAGGCACCACAAAGAGCCGUCGGGCUUACGUCCGCAUCGCCUACUUGAGAAAGAACUUUGAGCAGGAGCCGCUUGGCAGGGAGGUGCGUCUGGAGCAGGAAGUAUUACUGCAGUGUCGUCCACCAGAGGGCAGCCCGCCUGCUGAGGUGGACUGGCUAAAGAACGAAGAGCUCAUUGACCCGGCGCUGGAUUCUAACUUUCUAAUUACCAUCGAGCACGACCUGAUCAUCAAACAGGCUCGACUCUCUGACACUGCCAACUACACCUGUGUGGCACGUAAUGUGGUCGCUAAGAGACGCAGCAGCACUGCCACUCUCAUCGUCUACGUAAGUGGAGGCUGGUCAUCCUGGACAGAGUGGUCAGAAUGUAAUGCUCAGUGUGGGCGGGGCUGGCAGAGACGGACACGCAGCUGCACCAAUCCAGCACCACUCAAUGGAGGAGCCUUCUGUGAUGGACCGCCCUUCCAGAGAGUCACCUGUACCACCCUCUGUCCAGUGGAUGGAGGCUGGACCGAGUGGGCCAAGUGGUCUGCGUGUGGGACGGAGUGCACACAUUGGCGCAGUCGUGAAUGUCAGGCUCCACCGCCACGUAAUGGAGGACGACACUGCAGCGGCAGCAUGAUGGAGAGCAAGAACUGCACUGAGGGAUUAUGUGCACGCACUCUGGGCUCUGGGACUGGUGUCGCGGUGUACGCAGGGCUCGUGGGAGCUCUGCUUCUCUGUGUGAUCCUGGUGUUGUGUGUGGGGAUUCUGGUCUAUCGCCGGAGCUGUCGCCAUCUUCACGGUGAAAUCACAGAUUCGUCAUCAGCCCUCACUGCUGCCUUCCACCCCGGCAACUACAAACCUCCACGACAGGAUAAUCCACACCUCCUGCAUCCAACAGCUCCGCCUGACCUCACAGCCAGUGCCGGAACUUUCCGCGGGCCACUUUUCUCCUUACAACAGGCUACACUGGACUCGCACCACAAGAUCCCCAUGACCACGUCUCCUUUGCUUGACCCUCUUCCCAGCCUGAAGAUAAAGGUGUACAACUCCUCUACCAUGUCCUCCUUGGAGCUGCCGACCGGCCUGGGGUCUGUUGACGGGGAUAUCAUGAGCUUGAAGACUGUUGGCUCUGGACCUAAAGAUCAUCAUGGCCACACGCUGCCCAGGGAGCCCAGUCACAGCGCCAGUGCCACGCUGGGCUCACUGGGUGGCCGUCUCACCAUCCCUAAUACAGGGGUAAGCCUGCUGGUUCCACCCGGGACGAUUCCUCAGGGCAAGUUCUACGAGAUGUACCUCAUUAUCAACAAAUGGGAAAAAACAACGUUGCCAUCAGAUGGUAGUCAGACAGUAUUAAGUCCGGUGGUGAGCUGCGGACCCUCAGGCAUGUUGUUGAGCAGACCUGUGGUCCUCACUCUGCCCCACUGCGCACAGCUGGAGCCCCCAGACUGGACCCUCACCCUCAAAAUGCAGAACCAUCAAGGUGCUUGGGAGGAGGUGCUGACUGUGGGAGAGGAGAGUCUAUCGUCACCCUGUUAUCUGCAGGUGGAGGAGCAGAGUUGUCAUAUCCUGAUGGAGCAGCUGGGCACUUAUGGGCUGGUGGGACAGUCGGCUCCUCCUCGGCCGGCCUGUAAGAGACUGCAGUUGGCCCUGUUUGCCCCUCGGGCCCCGUGCCUCUCUCUGGACUACAGUCUGAGGGUUUACUGCAUACAGGACACCCCACAUGCCCUCAAGGAAGUAUUAGAGGUUGAGAGAAGUCUGGGUGGGGUUUUACUGGAGGAUCCCAAACCUUUGCUUUUUAAGGACAGUUACCACAAUAUGCGGCUGUCGAUCCAUGACAUCCCUCAUUCACACUGGAGGAGCAAACUCCUGGCUAAGUAUCAGGAAAUCCCAUUCUAUCACAUUUGGAGUGGGAGUCAGCGGCCGUUGCACUGCACCUUCAGUCUGGAGAGAGGAAGCCUGGUGGUUUCCCAGCUCACCUGCAAGAUCUGUGUCAGACAGGUGGAGGGAGAGGGACAGAUAUUCCAACUCAACACUGACAUCCAAGAGACUUUGCCGCCCCAUUCACCAUUGCCAGCAGGCGGUUCAUGUCUGCCUUCGUCUCAAGUGGGCCCAUAUGCUUUCAGGCUGCCCGUCUCCAUACGCCAGAAAAUUUGUGCCAGUCUGGAUGCCCCCAGUGCUCGUGGCUGUGACUGGAGAAUGCUGGCUCGCAGCCUGGCCUUCGACAGAUAUCUGAACUACUUUGCAACCAAACCGAGCCCCACAGGUGUGCUGCUGGACCUGUGGGAAGCCUGCCAUCAGGGGGACGCAGACCUGGUCUCGCUGGCGACAGCUCUGGAAGAGAUGGGCAAGAGUGAGGUCUUGGUUGUCAUGACGACAGAUGGCGAUUGCUGACAGGCCAAUCAAAGAAGUGUGAAAAGGGGAUAUAUUUGCCAUCACAAACCUAGAAUGAAUGCAAGCGGAUGGAAAGUGCACUUCAGUGCGUCGUUACAACUUGCCUUUUACCUCAGUUUCCUUCGUGCUCACGCAGAAUAUGCAGCGCCUAUGAGCUGGGGUCAGGCGCUCUGGAUGAUCUUCAGAUAAUACAUAUCUAAAUGUAGCAAACGCGACGAUGCUGCAAUCACAAAAACAGAGACGUCGAUUCAAAAAGGACUUGCUGGUAUACGAUUCCGAGCAGCUCAUGAUUAAGUGAUAGUUGCAUCAUACUGAUACCCUCGCUGCACAGAGCAAGUGUGAAAGUACAUGAUCAAACGCCAUUGCACAUCGAGCCGCUGGCUUUGUUUCCUAGCGACCGUGAGAUGCUUAAAGACACUGAGAUUCUGCGUCCGGUAAAACAGCAGUGUGCCGAGCUCCUCAGGAAACAUGCUCGCACAUAAGUAAACAGGGGUAGAGGUGGAAACACGGAUACCAAUGCCAACCAACAAGGAGCUAAAGUCAUCUGCACUAAAAUCAGCUUGCUUAAUGCGUUUUCAUAAUGAAUUCUGGAAAAAAAGGCCAAAUUAUGCUGUUACAGCUUGUAACUGUGAAAUAUAAACUCAUUUGUGAGAUAAACGCACAAGCCAAUAUUGCGUUUAUAUUUUGCAAUUCUGACUUUUUCCUUAUAAUUGUGGUUAUAACUGUCAAAAUUAAGAGGAAAAUGCCAGAAUUAAGUUGCAGUUUUUUUCCCUUAAAAUUGGGUUUUUACAAUUGUAAAGUCGCAAUUGUUAGUUAACAUAGCAUAAUUUUUUUGACACAGUUACAAGUUUAUAAGCUUUCUCAUCAUCCUGAUUUAAAUAGGAGCAUUUAAUUGUUUAUAACUACAAUUUGUUAGAAUGCCUAUAAACUUAACUUUAAACAUAAUUCUGAGUAUAGCUACACAUUGCGAGACAAAAUUCUGAGAAAAGGCUGAAGUUGAGAUUAAUUCACAAUUGUUAUCUAUCUUAAUUUGAACUUUUUCUUGCAAUUGCGAUUUUGUAAUGUGAAGUUACAGCCUGAUCUCGUGAUGAAACAUAGCUAUUUUACUUUAUCAGUUUAACAAUUGUUACCAAUUGUCUCACGAUGAAACGCAACUGUUUUACAUUUUAUUAGAUUAACAAUUGUUAACAGUUGUGUCAUAAUGAAACGUGAUUAUUUUACGUUUUAUUAGUUUAUCGUCUGUUAACAAUUGUCUCAUGAUGAAACGUAAAUAUUUAACGUUUUGUCAGUUUAACAAUUGUUAUUUAUCUCAACUUGAACUUUUUCUUGCAAUUGCAAUAUUCUCAUUCGAAGUUACAGCCUGAUCUCACGAGGAAACGUAAAAAUUUAAUGUUUUGUCAGUUUAACAAUUGUUAACAAUUGUCUCACGAUGAAACAUUACUAUUUUACGUUUUGUCAGUUUAGCAUUUGUUAAUUAUAUCAAUUUGAACUUUUUCUUGCAAUUGCAAUUUUGUAAUGUGAAGUGACAGUCUGAUCUCACAAUGAAACGUAACUAUUUUACGUUUUGUCAGUUCAACAACUGUUAACAAUUGUCUCACGAUGAAACUUAACUAUUUUACAUUUUUUCAGUUUAGCAAUUGUUAAUUAAAUCAAUUUGAACUUUU